CUCCCAUAGAAGGGGGAAAUCACAGCAGCUAAGGGCACCUGCUGGGCUGGAGGUGUGGGCGAUCUGGGAGGGGGGGAUCACUGAUGGUUUGCAGGAGUCCUGGGUAGGUAGAGCCCACCUGGGCAUUCCCUAGACCCCACUAUGUUCCUCUUCUCCCGAAAGACCAAGACCCCCAUCAGCACCUACACUGACUCCUACAGGGCUCCUACCUCCAUCAAGAAGGUCUAUAACGACCCACCUCUGUGGGCCUGGGAACCCAACAAGUUUGUGACCCGGGGCCUGCCUAAGACUUUUCAGCGCAAUGUGGAUCAGGAAGCCCUAGAGAAGAUGGUUAAAUGUGCUGUGCGGGACUACACCUAUAAGAGUUCCAUACCAGGCCACCCCUACUUGCCUGAGAAAUACUGGCUCUCUCGAGAGGAAGCAGACAAAUGCAACCCCAACUAUUUGUGUAGUGACUGGGGUAACUCAUGGAGAAUGGGGCCUUACUGCUGCACUGGCUGGAACAAGUGUACCACAUGCCUUCCCCGGCUGCCUAAGGAAGCCGGGAUGGAGACAGCAGUUCGAGGAAUGCCCUUGGAGUACCCUCCUAAGCCGGAGCGACUCAAUGCCUAUGAGCGCGAGGUGGUGGUGAACAUGCUGAACUCGCUGUCACGGUACCAGACGCUGCCGCAGAUCACGCCCCGGUGCGGGUGCGUGGACCCGCUGCCGGGCCGCCUGCCUUUCCAGGGCUAUGAAAGCCCUUGCUCGGGCCGCCACUACUGCCUGCGCGGGAUCGACUACUGCGUCACCGGGGCACCGUGCACGGAACGCCGCCUGCAGCCUUUGUGCCCCAUGCAGCCCACUGUAAGGAGUGUGUCGCCCUGCGAGCACCGGCCCGGGAUGCACUGUGCUGUAAUAGCUCCCCGGCGGCCGUACUACCCUUGUCCCAACCUUAGGUGGGACACAAGUCACUUUAAGAAGACUGGUGGCUACCAGAGAAACAACUAUGUUGUCCACCCUGAGUUUUUGUCCGAGAAUUACCCUGGCUACCCCUACUGGUAGAGCGGGGACCAGGCCAAGGGAGCUGAGCAAUAAAUAAACUUUUCACCCCA